UGGAUCUCUGAUCUUAGCAGAGACAGCACAUUACCUAGGACAAUGCGAUCGAUAAUACAGUUCACAUAACUCUUCAGUCAAAUGAGAAUUGGAAUUGGAAAUAGUAACGCCAUACUAGCAGACUUGAAAUUGAAAUUUUGAUUUUAGGAAUGCAAAUAUACUUCUAAAUAAUAUAAAAUAUGCGUUGAAAGAAAUUAUACAGAAAGACAGAGUCUCUGUGACGUCAUUCAACAGAAGUCGCCAUCUUAGAAUGUAGUAGUGUUGGUGGUACAGCUGACCUGUCAUUGCACAGUUGAAAUUGGUGGUGAUUAGUAGAGAACAGGGGAUUAUAGGCCCCGCUGUGCUCAUAUAGAUCUACUGUUAUCGUGACAGUGAAGAUGGCAGGACAGACGAUAAACGACAGGCUACUUGCUGCAAGACAUAGUUUAGCCGGUCAGGGCCUGGCUAAAUCUGUUUGCAAGGCAACCACAGAGGAGAUGAUCGGCCCAAAAAAGAAGCACUUGGACUAUUUGAUGCACUGUACAAACGAACCAAAUGUCUCAAUACCACAGCUAGCUAAUCUGCUGAUAGAACGAUCACAGAAUACAAAUUGGGUUGUUGUGUUCAAGGCUCUGAUUACAGUACAUCAUAUGAUGUGCUAUGGUAAUGAGCGUUUCACACAGUAUUUGGCUUCAAGCAACAGUACCUUCCAGUUAAGCAAUUUCUUAGAUAAAUCAGGGGUCCAAGGUUAUGAUAUGUCUCCAUUUAUUAGGAGAUACGCCAAGUACCUGAAUGAAAAAGCACUUUCAUACAGAACUGUUGCAUUUGAUUUUUGUAAAGUAAAACGUGGGAAAGAUGAUGGAACAUUAAGAACAAUGAGUGCAGAGAAACUACUCAAAACCUUGCCAGUGCUACAGAGCCAACUUGAUGCAUUGUUGGAAUUUGAUUGUACAGCAAAUGACUUAACUAAUGGUGUCAUUAACAUGGCAUUUAUGCUACUCUUCAGAGAUCUGAUUAGGUUAUUUGCUUGUUACAAUGAUGGCAUAAUAAACCUGCUAGAAAAAUAUUUUGAUAUGAAUAAGAAGCAGUGCAGAGAUGCUCUGGAUUUGUACAAGAAAUUUCUCAUUAGAAUGGACAGAGUAGCAGAAUUUCUUAAAGUUGCAGAGAAUGUUGGUAUAGACAAAGGAGACAUACCAGACUUAACAAAGGCUCCCAGUAGUCUUUUGGAUGCUCUGGAACAGCAUUUAGCAUCACUGGAAGGCAAGAAGGGCUCUGCAGCAAACACACCUACACAGACUGCAAGUAAUCGCACCAAUGUUAAGUCAGGAGUUUCUGCACUUUCCUCAACCAGUACAGCAUUCGGGACAGCAGCUGCCAAUGCAAGGCUAGACUCCCAUACCAAUGGCAUUGAUGAGUCACUUAAACAGCAAGUAUUGGCAGAAGAAGAAGCUGCUAUGAAUCAGUACAAGGCAAAAGUUUCGUCCCCAACUAGUGGCAGUCAGAGUACCAAUCCAUUCUUAAGCUCUCCUACAUCAGCUACACCUGUAACCACAGCUGCAACUUCACAGCCAAUUGUUGAUUUGUUUGGUUCCCCCACAUCAGGUCCAGAAUCUUCACAGCAAAUCGUAAAGGCAUCAGAUGACCUUCUGCAGUUGAGUGGAAAUCCAUUUGCAGACAUAUUCUCAGCAACACCACAGCCAGUGUCUGUUCCAGCUGGGAAGACUUCAACGGACAUUUGGUUAUCAAAUGGUUUCAAGCCUACACCAGUGUCCAGCACAAACGCAUUUGUUUCUGACCAGAACUUCACAUCAGUAUUUGGAGGUGGUGAGGCAACAGCUGCGACUGCCGGGACGGCUGCACCGAAUCCCUUCAUGUCCGACUUUAGCCCGGCUCGUGGAAGCCACCAGGAAACCACCUCCUCAGCCAUGGCCACUGGGUUGGGGAUAUUUGACGAGCAAACAAAACGGGGUGAUAGUGGGAAUGAUCUUUUCGGGAACGAUUUUGGAGGCGGUAGAGACACUGGCUUAUUCACAGGGGGUGAAGGACUCUUGCAACCCACAGAGGUAUCAGGUUUAGAGGAAAAAAAGGUCAGAGAGGAACAGUCAGUGUCUGAUAAUAGCAUUACAGAGGGAUCUGCCCAGAUGGCUGCGAAAGUGGCAUCACCUCCACCUCCCCGUCCUCCUCCUCCUGCUACAAGUGGAACACCAAGGACGGACUCUCCUGUGCCUGCUGGAGGCUCUCCUAGCAGACCUGCUCCUGCCAAUAUUCCAUCAAAGAGUGCUUUUGAGGACCUCAAUGAAAGUAUUCGCGCUGCUCUGGGUGGCUCACCUACACGACCUCCACCCUCUGUGGGGUCAGUCACAACAUCUGUGCCUGCAUCGUAUCCUGCGCAGCCUAUGUAUGGUGGGUUCGAUAUGGGGAUAAUGGCCGGAGGAGGAGGAGGUGGAGGUGUGGCGUUUGGCCAGACACCUGCUGGUGCUCCUAUGGGCUACGGCUCACCAGCCAAACAAGGAAUGGGCAUGACAGCAGUCCCAGGCCUAGCUGCCACUGCUGCAAGCUCUGUACCUGCAGACAGCAGCAGUAAGGUGCUCACUGGAGACUUGGAUAGCAGCCUUGCUUCUCUGGCACAGAACUUAACUAUCAACAAGGGCAGCACUCAGACUGUGAA